AUGGCCGAGCCCAUCAAGUCUCGAUCUCCCAGUAUUCUCCUGGAGCCUCCUCCAAAGGGCGUGGAGCUGGAGGACCCUGGUGCACUGGAAUCCGGCGUUGACAGCGAGGACGAUCAUUUUUCAGACGCUUCUGAAGGCCGACCGCAGACUGGAUCACGUAUUCAGACCCCCUCGCCCCAGGUGAAGGGGCCCAACCCAGGCACCGUUCUGGAUCGCCUUGCGAUCCCGCGCACUGUACUCGAGAAAGUUGAUCCGGAUGAUACUAGAUACGGAGACGAACCUGGUACUCCAGCAUAUGAGCAGCGUAAAAUGGAUGCUGUUCCAGAUUUCGUUUAUAAGGCUGGGGAGUUCCGUUCCGAUUUAUUGCAGGAUUCUCCCGAAGAUUCAAACCCAGCCGAUUCUUCUGUCCCUGAGACGAAAGUGUCACGUAUCGAUUCUCCACCUCAAAGGCCUCUAUCCCCAGCCUCUUUCACAGCACAUAAACGAAAGCCUAGUGACGCGCUCCCGGAUGUUGUGGAAAUAGUGCAAGACUCAGAUGAGCCAACUUUGUUGCCCGAACAUAGAGCCUCGCCUACGCAAUUAGACCUAGAAGUCGAGCCGGCUGGUGGUGAAGCUCCGAAUGGGGUUUCUGAGAAUGUUGCUCAUUUUGGAGACGAGUUUGACGAUUUCAAGGAGGGAGGAGAUGAUGCCGAGCAUGAUGAUUUUGGUGACUUUGAUGAUGGGUUUGAAGAAGCGACUCUCGAUCAAACUCGCACCAGCUUUUCAUCUACGGAAGACACCUCUCCCCUGUCAACUCCUCCUCCUUUAGAUUUCAACUCCCUCCGCUCUUUAUCAGAUCUCCUCACAGCUACCUCUGACCACCUCGAUACACUCUUUCCCAGAUCUGUAGAUUCUUCCACUUUACCUCCUGUUGAUGAAAUCCCUGAUUCCACUGCUAUUUUCAACACUGAACGCUCCCUAUCACUAUGGUCGCAACUAGUCGCACCACCUCCUCUCCAGCCGCCUAACUGGACUAAAUCUCGUAUCCGCCGACUCUUCCUUGUCUCCCUCGGAGUUCCUGUUGACCUUGAUGAAAUUCUUCCUGCUUCUAAGCAGAAAAAACUAGUUUUACCUUCUAUAACCGAUAGCACAAACCGACAAUCAUAUGAUACGUCUGGACAACCCCGCACUCACCCUAAAAAACCACACAAAGACGGUGAUCAAACCCGUUCAUCCACUUCCACUGAUGCACGCCGCUCUGGGUCUCACAACCGCCCUCCUCGCCGUCGACGUGGACAGCAAGCACCGCCGGAGCUGGACUUAUCUGCCGUUCGGCGAUUAUGUGAUACCACUGAUGCCGCUCUAGAUGGAUUAACUGAUACUGAAAUGCAGCAGCAUGUUCAAAAUUUGGAAGACAUGACCGCGCGAGCAAGCGAGGUGCUGCAGUAUUGGCUUAAAAAGAGGGACGGGCAGUUAGGCGAGAAGGAGGCGUAUAAUGGUGUUAUCGAAAAUCUGGUGAAGCAUGCACGGCAGGUAAGAAGCUGA